CAUAAAGAGAACUAUAAAGAGAAUACACAAAGAAAAAAAGAAUCAAAAGUAUUUUUAUGCUCGCAUUGGUCAAACAAUAAAAAGCAAUUAAAUAAGCAUAUUAUUACUGAAAAAUGGAUACAUUUGAUGUAUCAGACAGAAGCAGUUGGUACUUUGGCUCCAUGUCCCGACAAGAUGCAACGGAGAUCUUAAUGAAUGAAAGAGAACGUGGUGUUUUUUUAGUGCGCGAUAGCAACUCAAUCGAAGGCGACUACGUGCUCUGCGUGAGAGAGGACACCAAAGUGAGCAAUUAUAUUAUUAACAAGGUGCAGCAGCAGGAACAAAUUGUUUAUCGCAUCGGGGAUCAAUCAUUUGAGAAUUUACCUAAAUUGUUAACAUUUUACACACUCCACUAUUUGGAUACGACGCCAUUAAAGCGUCCAGCUCAGAAGAAAGUCGAAAAAGUCAUUGGCAAAUUUGAUUUUUUGGGCAGCGAUCAGGAUGAUUUGCCUUUUCAGCGAGGAGAAAUUUUAACCGUUAUACGCAAGGAUGAGGAUCAGUGGUGGACAGCACGCAAUUCCACCGGUUUGAUUGGUCAGAUUCCAGUGCCGUAUGUGCAGCGUUAUGAUGACUCGUUGGAUGAAGAUGGCAUUGAACAGACGUCGGCGGCUGGUUUAAAUAUCAGCGCUUGCAUUGCACGUUCCAACAUUUCCAGUGGUAGCAAUGCGGAACCAGCUUUCGUAACAACAACCAGCCAAUUUAGCAGCCUCAAGAGGACCGAUUUAAAUCGCAAGCUUCCAGCGCGUGCUCGUGUCAAACAAUCGCGUGUGCCGAAUGCAUACGACAAGACUGCAUUGAAACUAGAGGUGGGCGACAUUAUCAAGGUGACGAAAACGAAUAUCAAUGGUCAAUGGGAGGGGGAGCUGAAUGGAAGGAAAGGCCAUUUUCCAUUUACGCAUGUGGAAUUUGUUGACGAUUGUGAUUUAGGCAAUAAUUGUUUAAGCAAUGAUUGGACGGAAUCACAAUAAUUAUUCAUUUCAUUUCUUCUUUGACAAUUCUAAUUUAUGUAUUUUUAAUUUUAAGUGUGUCAAGCGAGAGGAUGUAUUAAAAAUGUAUCGAUUAAGCGUGGUGUUUACCAAUUGUUAAAAUAUAUAUAUUAAAAACACAUAUUGAUCAAUCAUAUUGAA